GGCGGGCGCCACUCCAGACUCCACUCUCCCCCCCGAAACCACCAACCAACUCCCCGCACCCCAAUGAUCCUCCUCCCCCACCACCAUCACCACUGCCCCUUCUCCGCACGACUCUCGCGCCCGCCGCCUCCGUCUCCGCCUCCCCCACCCCAAGGCACACGGACUCACCGCCGUCUCCGCGCGCACGCCGCACGCCACCACCACCGCAUCUCCUGCUCCGGCACCGACACCCCCACCCCCGCCCCCGCCCCCGACAUGGAUCCCGCCGUGCGCAAGGACCUGUACCCGCACGUCGAGCCCUACCAGACCGGCCGCCUCAACGUCUCCCACGUCCACACCAUCUACUACGAGCAGUCCGGCAACCCAGGGGGACACCCUGUCGUGUUCCUCCACGGCGGUCCUGGGGCCGGCACCUCGCCCGGCAACCGCAGGUUCUUCGACCCGGAGUUCUACAGGAUCGUGCUAUUCGACCAGAGAGGCGCUGGCAAGAGCACUCCCCACGCUUGUCUGGAGGAGAACACUACCUGGGACCUGGUGGCUGACAUCGAGAAGCUCAGGGAGCAUCUUGACAUCCCGGAGUGGCAGGUGUUUGGCGGUUCAUGGGGAAGCACAUUGGCCCUUGCGUACAGCCAGACUCACCCCGACAAGGUGACGGGCAUUGUUAUCAGAGGCAUUUUCUUGCUUAGGAAAAAGGAGCUCGAUUGGUUCUACGAGGGUGGUGCAGCAGCUAUUUUCCCAGACGCAUGGGAACCAUUUAGAGAUCUUAUUCCUGAGGACGAAAGGAAUUGUUUCAUAGCUGCGUACCACAAAAGGCUAACUUCCUCUGAUCCUGAUGUCCAGAUUGAAGCUGCGAAGAGAUGGACAAUGUGGGAGAUGUUGACUGCACAUCUCAUUCAAAAUCAUGACACCAUCAAACGAGGGGAGGAUGACAAGUUUUCUUUGGCAUUUGCAAGGAUUGAAAACCACUACUUCGUUAACAAGGGAUUUUUACCUUCGGAUUCACACUUAUUGGACAAUGUUGAGAAGAUUCGACACAUUAAAGCUUUCAUCGUUCAGGGGAGAUAUGAUGCUUGUUGUCCUAUGAUGUCUGCUUGGGAUCUCCAUAAAGCUUGGCCUGAAGCUGAAUUUAAGGUGGUUCCAGAUGCAGGACACUCCGCCAAUGAAGUUGGCAUCGCAGCUGAACUGGUAUCAGCUAACGAAAAGCUUAAAAGCAUGCUGAGAAAAUGAGCGGCCUAACCAUAGCGCAGAAAGCUGUUAUGAAGAACUUCCACUCAUUUUCGUUGGGGGUUACUUUGCAGAAUAAGAAUUUAGCAGGUAGCUAGCCUGGCUGUACUUGUCAAACGAUUCUCUAUUCAAUCAAAGUUGGGUGCCACAAUUUUGUCGAUUGGGCUA